AUCCAAGUACUCGGUGUUGAAGGGCUCAGUGACAAUUAAAGAUGGCUGCGCCCAUGUAACAUCACUAGCGACCGGUGACCUCUUUUUCCCCCCUUGCCUGGCUCCUGUGGUGGCAGGCUGGGCACGAGGACCAUGCUGGGCCGGAGCCUCCGAGAAGUUUCUGCGGCACUGAAACAAGGCCAAAUUACACCAACAGAGCUCUGUCAAAAAUGUCUCUCUCUUAUCAAGAAGACCAAGUUUCUAAAUGCCUACAUUACUGUGUCAGAAGAGGUGGCCUUAAAACAAGCUGAAGAAUCAGAAAAGAGAUAUAAGAAUGGACAGUCACUUGGGGAUUUAGAUGGAAUUCCUAUUGCAGUAAAAGACAACUUCAGCACUUCUGGCAUUGAGACAACAUGUGCAUCAAAUAUGCUGAAAGGUUAUAUACCACCUUAUAAUGCUACAGUAGUUCAGAAGUUGUUGGAUCAGGGAGCUCUACUAAUGGGAAAAACAAAUUUAGAUGAGUUUGCUAUGGGAUCUGGGAGCACAGAUGGUGUAUUCGGACCAGUUAAAAACCCCUGGAGUUAUUCAAAACAAUAUAGAGAAAAGAGGAAGCAGAAUCCCCACAGCGAGAAUGAAGAUUCAGACUGGCUGAUAACUGGAGGAAGCUCAGGUGGGAGUGCAGCUGCUGUAUCGGCGUUCACAUGCUACGCGGCUUUAGGAUCAGAUACAGGAGGAUCGACCAGAAAUCCUGCUGCCCACUGUGGGCUUGUUGGUUUCAAACCAAGCUAUGGCUUAGUUUCCCGUCAUGGUCUCAUUCCCCUGGUGAAUUCGAUGGAUGUGCCAGGAAUCUUAACCAGAUGUGUGGAUGAUGCAGCAAUUGUGUUGGGUGCACUGGCUGGACCUGACCCCAGGGACUCUACCACAGUACAUGAACCUAUUAAUAAACCAUUCAUGCUUCCCAGUUUGGCAGAUGUGAGCAAACUAUGUAUAGGAAUUCCAAAGGAAUAUCUUGUACCGGAAUUAUCAAGUGAAGUACAGUCUCUUUGGUCCAAAGCUGCUGACCUCUUUGAGUCUGAGGGGGCCAAAGUAAUUGAAGUAUCCCUUCCUCACACCAGUUAUUCAAUUGUCUGCUACCAUGUAUUGUGCACAUCAGAAGUGGCAUCGAAUAUGGCAAGAUUUGAUGGGCUACAAUAUGGUCACAGAUGUGACAUUGAUGUGUCCACUGAAGCCAUGUAUGCUGCAACCAGACGAGAAGGGUUUAAUGAUGUGGUGAGAGGAAGAAUUCUCUCAGGAAACUUUUUCUUAUUGAAAGAAAACUAUGAAAAUUAUUUUGUCAAAGCACAGAAAGUGAGACGCCUCAUUGCUAAUGACUUUGUAAAUGCUUUUAACUCUGGAGUAGAUGUCUUGCUAACUCCCACCACCUUGAGUGAGGCAGUACCAUACCUGGAGUUCAUCAAAGAGGACAACAGAACCCGAAGUGCCCAGGAUGAUAUUUUUACACAAGCUGUAAAUAUGGCAGGAUUGCCAGCAGUGAGUAUCCCUGUUGCACUCUCAAACCAACGGUUGCCAAUAGGACUGCAGUUUAUUGGACGUGCGUUUUGUGACCAGCAGCUUCUUACAGUAGCCAAAUGGUUUGAAAAACAAGUACAGUUUCCUGUUAUUCAACUUCAAGAACUCAUGGAUGAUUGUUCAGCCGUCCUUGAAAAUGAAAAGUUAGCCUCUGUCUCUCUAAAACAGUAAACAUAUCUUACAAAUUAAAAUGACUUUUAGGCUGGGUGCAGUGGCUCACACCUGUAAUCCCAGCACUUUGGGAGGCCAAGGCGAGCGGAUCAUGAGGUCAGAAGAUCUAGAACAGCCUGGUCAACAUGGUGAAACCCCGUCUCUACUAAAAAUACAAAACUUAGCCAGGCUUAGUGGCGGGCGUCUGUAGUCCCAGCUACUCAGGAGGCUGAGGCAGGAGAAUCACUUGAACCCCGGAGGUGGAGGUUGCAGUGAGCCGAGAUCAUGCCACUGCACUGCACUCCAGCCUGGGUGACAAAGCAAGACUGUGUCUCAAAAUAAAUAAAAUAAAAUAAAAUGAUGUUCAGAGAUUCUA